UUUGCCUGCUUUAUUCUUCUUCAACCUAUUGCUGCACAAAGACAAAGGAAAACAUCUAGAAAAUGGGUAUAUGGGACUUCAUCUCUGGGUCAAUGGACUCUGUGAAGGGCCUUUUGCAGAGCUCUUACACGCAUGGUUCUGCAGUGGUCACAAAGAGCAAGGAGGUCUCAGCUGAUGCACUUCAAAAGGUGAACCAUCAUGGUUCGGCCGCCAUCACCAAGGGCAAGGAGGUCUCGGUCGAUGCACUGCAAAAGGUGAACCAUCACUUGUCUGAUCCCGAAACCCGAUCCAAAAUCUCCAGGGUAGCUACUGAUGUUGCCAAGAAGGCUACCAUUGAGGGCCUUAAAUCCAUCCCUGGUGCAUAUCCAACUUAUAAAAUUGUCUCAAAGUCCAUAAGUAGUGAUGAUAAGAAGUUAAAAAGUGAGAACAAGUCCAAGAAACAUGAUGAAGAGUUGAACACACUGGAAGCCACAGUAAGCAAACUGGAGAAAGAAGUCAAUGUUCUGCGCGAGCAAGUUGAAGCUUCUGUGAAACCCGAAGGGAAGGAUCAAGUUCACUGGAUGAAGGAAUUCAUCCGUAGCCAUUUCUAGAGGUUGAAAUGAUGGAAGAAUGUCAAGUAUGAUCCACACAUGUUUGUUUAAAUUACAAGACAUGUUUUAUGCUGUAUGAACUGAGUCAUGGAUGACAAUGUUUGUGAAUGUUCUAAUGCCUUUGUUC